CUCUGGUCUAGUUGUGUGCCGUGUGUUUGUUCGGUACAAUAAUUUAUUAUUAUAAUAAUAUUUUAUUUAUUUAAACGCCAAUAACACGGUACCUACUCGUUGAUCAUUGACACGAAAAACGAUCGCACGUUGUUCCGUCACGUUCGCGACGUUACAUUAUUAUUAGUAUUAAAUUUGCCUGUGUUCAUAAUUAUUGUUAACGUCACGCAUAUCUGUCUGUCUGCAUCACUAGUCUUCGAGAAGAGAAUUUCAAGAACUUAGCUUAUUUUCAUAUACCUGGGUUUACGCAUUGCCGCCACACGUAGGAUUUGUCGCCGUCACCGCAUGACGUUCAUACGAGUAUUGAUAUCGGAAGAUAUAAAUUCACAGUCCAACAACAAUCAUGUGACACGAWUCACGCACACAGUAACCGAAUGAAAAUCUGUCUCGUAGUCUCCUCUAUCGAACCCUGCGAUCGACGACUGUGAUCUAAUAUAUUUUAUUGCGUUGACGACGACGACGACAAAAUCUCUGUCGGUUUUGCGACGGAAGUGUAGCAGCAGCAGCAGCAUCAUCAUCGGCGCAUCUACGUGGUGUACCGUCCACGUUUAAUAUGCUACGCUUAUCAAAUUUCAGUAAACGACAGUGGUUGACGUUGAUCGUUUUCAGUAUCGCCGACUUUUGUAACGCCAUUUGUGUAUCGUUACAGGCUCCGUUUUAUCCGCAAGAGGCUGAAAAAAAAGGAGCCACCGCAACUGAAUAUGGUUUUGUGUUCGGUAUUUUUGAACUGGUCGUGUUUUUAAUCAGUCCCAUUUAUGGAAAACACUUAAAUAAGAUUGGUCCCAAAAAUCUGUUCAAUGGAGGGAUAUUCACGACAGGAGUAUGUGCAAUUUUAUUUGGAUUUUUGGACAGGGUGGAAGGCCAUUAUCCAUUCAUCAUAUUAUCCUUCGUCAUACGUAUCGUCGAAGCGAUGGGAAAUGCGGCAUUUUUGACAGCCAGUUUUGCCAUCAUUGCUAUGGAGUUUCCAGACAACGUGGCUACCACAUUUGCUUCUCUUGAGACGUUUUUUGGACUUGGACUGAUUGUUGGACCAACUGUCGGUGGAGCUUUGUAUCAAGUCGGAGGCUUUGUAACUCCAUUUUUAGUUUUGGGUUCUACGUUAUUCCUUUCGGCUGUCAUGACAGCGUUUGUUUUACCCGACCACCCGAAUCGUAGAAAUGACGUUACUAGUGAUGCUAGUCUGUUGAAAGUAUUAAAAAUUCCUGGUAUAAUGUUAGCGGCUGCUAGUAUUAUCGUGACGUCUAUGAGCAUYGGAUUUUUGUCGGCUACCUUAGAACCACAUCUCAGACAAUUCAAAUUGUCUCCAAUGAUCUUGGGGCUGAUGUUUGUCAUAAACGGUGGAACUUAUGCAUUGACAGCGCCCUGGUGGGGUUGGCUGUGCGACAAAGUGCUGCCUGCUAAGGUCGUCACGUUGCUGGGGUGCAUCAUACUCAUGAUUGGAUUUAGUCUUAUCGGCCCGGUACCAUUCCUCGACAGACCGACAGAAUUUUCUGUCACCGUACUAGGACUGGUGAUGCACGGUAUGGGAAUCGGUGCACAACUUGUUGCAUCGUUCACCGAUGCUUUGCGGACUGCUAUUCAGCACGGGUUUGCCAAUAACCUUGAAACUUACGGUCUGAUAUCGGGACUUUGGACUUCCACUUUUGCACUUGGAGCUUUUAUCGGUCCUUCUAUUGCUGGUGUGCUGUACGAUAUCGUAGGUUUCGGCACAGCUACUUUAUUUGUUAUCGUCUUAUCUGCUGUUGUGCCUGAUGAUAAUGUAUCUGUUACGGGUAAAGUACAAAAACGGUUAGUGUAA